UCUUCUUCAUUUCAUGGAUCUUCAUGACAUUUGAAGCUCUUUAUGUGUAACUGCAUCCGACUCAAGAAAAAUCUGCAAACAGCUGUGACUCAGCAGAAAGAACAGCGAGCGCACACACGUACACACACACACACACACACACACACGUACACACACCUGAUGUCAGGUGUUUAUUCCACCUGUUCCUAACAGACCACGCCCCCCAGCUCGACAUCUGUAGGUAAAAGCAGCGCCCGGCACAGCAGCGGAGGACACGACGCCAGGAUGGAUCUGUCAGCAGCCUUGGGUGACGAGCACAAGAAGACCGCGUGCAGCGACUCCAGUGCCCCGGAAAAAGCCUGCCACCAUCAGCACAAGAAGCACGGUAAAGGCCAUUCGAGCAGCACGGAUUCGAGUUCCAGCUCAUCGGAAAGUGACGGAGAAGGUAAAAAGCACAAAGGAUGCCACAAGGAGAAGGACAAAACACACAAAGUGAAGAAAGAAAAGAAAAAGAAGGAGAAGAAAGAGAAAAAAGAGAAGAAGGCUGAAAAGCACUAACAUGGCUUACCAUGGAUUUACAUAAAUAAAUAAAUAAACAAGAAUCAACUGAACAAACAAA